UUUAUUUUCUAUUUGUAUUUUUAUCUUAGUUCUGAUUUUAUGAUAAUUCUGAUUUUUUUCUUUUGUAUUUUCUCUUCAAUUCUGAUUUUCUUUUUAUUUGUAUUUUUUCUUUUAUAUUCUCAAUUACAUUUCUUAUGUGUUUUUUCAUUUAUUAUUUCCUCAUCAUUUUACAAUUAUUUUCUGUUAAAUUGUUUUGUAUUUUUCCGCUUAUUUUCUUUUUUAUUAAAUAACCGCCCAAAACUUUUAUUUCUACGGUCAAUUAUGCAACAUUUAUUUAUUACUACAACAGAAACAUCUCUUGUAAUUUGUUCUUUUUAAAAGGAUUUUGCCGGUAUCAAAACAAAAAUAAAAGAGAUAAAUAUUUUUGUUUCGUGAUUUUUAUGGCUUUAUUGGUAUCUACUCAUUUCUUUUUAUUUUAAAAAAUUUUCCCAACUUUUUUCUCCUUUUCCAAAUCAUUUUUUAUUAUUUAACUGACACAAUCG